GUGUCCUGUUUCUAUGGAAACGAGGAAGUUAUUUAGAACUUGUUCAGUGAAGCUUAACCGACAAAAUAACUGAUGGAAAAGAAAGUUUUCAGCAAAAGGACUUUCUCUCCCUGCGGAUAGUCGAACAAGAAAUUGUUUGUUGGAUGAGAAAGUGCACAAUUUCGUAAAGCUGGCGCUGUUUGAAAAUUAAGCCACGUCAUGGAUUUUGGACAUAAGUUCCAAGUCAUUGUGUUUUCUUGCAUCUGUUUAUUCAGCAUAUCAUCCGCAAUACCACUGACUAAAGAUAGAGGUCAAGGGCCUGUACUAGAGUCUUUACAUUAUCCAUUUUUAAGUGGAACGUAUGACAGUUUUUUAAAUGAUAAAGAUAUUUCAUUUAAAAAGAUUUCAAAGCGGAGUACAGACUGGUCUCUAAAACUGCCUGUUUCAGUUGCAUCAAAAAGUUCUAGACAAACCGCACAAGCAAGUGAAACUGUUGAAGUAAGUUCAAGAUCUCCACAAAUAGUGCGUAGAUUCAAAAGUCAGAAGAAUUAUAAUCAACAAAAACAAGAUCAUGAAAAAGUAGAAGUAAGCUCAUCUUUAUCUCAUGAAUCACAAAAGCUACUUAAUUCUUCCUCACCACCUGAAGGUAAACCUAAGCAGGUAACACCCUCACGCGAUACCACUGAAGUAAGCGACAAACCUCUUAGAUUAGUUCGUCGAAUGAAAGCUCAAAAUGGUUCCCAGCAACUGAAACAAAGUGGUGAAAAUGUUGAAAAAUUGCAAUCUCCAAAUCCAGAGCAAUUUUCUUCGGAUGGUCGCGGUAAAGUAGUCCGUGUCCGAAAAUUUAAGAAAAAGCCUACUCGGAAGACCACUACUGCAAAAACAACCAGUACAGUAAAACCAACUUCUCCUGUACCAAAAACUGCAGCUUCAACGCCAUCAAACUAUGCUCAUAUCACUGUAAUUAAUAAGCAAGAAAGAAAUCCUAAAAAGAAUAGGAAGAACAAAAAUAAAAAGUAUACAAAUAUAUGGGUACCUACUACACCAUUCGGAGAGACAGCUAAACAAAACAGCAUAAAUUAUGUUACUAAAUUACCAGAAAUUGAAAUGAAUCCCAAUGAUUAUCAGACCUACAAGGUAAAUAAUCCUAUAAUAUAUGCUGACAGUAAGCAUAGCCCACAGCCUAACACAUUCGGCGCUGUUCCUAUUGCUAAUCAAAGACCUUCCCUAAAUGAUAAUUUUGGAAAUCGUUUUUCAGUGUCUCAAAGGCAAUCGAAAGACAUGAAAGAUUUUGGAAAUAUUUCACCGCCAGCUGAAGAAGGUAUACAGCAAGCUAACCAGAAGUUUAGUGCCGAUGGUAAUCGAAAGUUUUCAAUUCCAUUUGAAAAAUUCUGUUGCGGUUCACCCCCAAAUUUUAAUGAACAGAAGUAUAAAGCCUCUCCUGUUGUUGUAGAUAGGCCUGCUGGUCGAGUGAAACCUAAAAUGCAGCAAGUUGAACCACCUGUUACGGAGUACAGAAUAUCGACAACGACUUCUCCAGCCUCCCACACACCUUCUUCGCCAACCGAGGAAUUUGUUUUAGUCACACAGAUUCCAGAGCAAAGGUCAGGAGAUGGUCUAAUCACAAACUCUAACAGAGAAUCGAAACUCUAUACAGCAAAAGGUACUCAAAUUGCCAAUGCAACAUCUCCUUCCGUCACUAAAGCUUUAGAGAAGUCAAUGGAACCUACUCCAUUACCAAGACAUCCAGUCCAAAAUGUAAGAUUGCUGCAUCAUCAGUUACCACGACAAAGAGGAGCAAUAAAUUUGUACAAUCAACAACAUCCAUUCAUGGAUCCUUUCUUUGAUACCCCAAGAAUGGUGUCCCAAGGUCCUCCAAAUGUCUAUCAUGAGUCUCUUGGUGGGUAUCAUCAGAUUCCAAAUGGAUAUCAUCAACCAGAAAAUAGUUAUUCUUUGAUGCCAACGUCAUUGCACCUUCCAUUUUCACAGUUUUAUGCAUCAAAUGUACCCCAGAGUGAAGAAUAUAUUUUUGAACCUUAUCCAACAUCAGGAGGAUUUGCGAUGCCACCCUUCCACCAUAGUCCUCAUCUGCGAUCUCUAAGACGUUCUAUUUUAGAUUCAUAUGAAGAUUCUACAACUGCUCAUCCGACAACAGAAUUUUCUAUUCCAAAAUUCGAAAUCCCAUCAAUUGAUUUUAAUGAUAAAGGAUGUAAGACAGUUUACAAAGAAGUAAAGUCACUCCCUGCAGAUGGCGCUAAAAAAAGAAGCUCUAAGGAGACAGCGAAAGCUUUCAUAAUGUCGAGAGAAUGUUACUUUCCAGAAGGUGUACCAACAACCAAGAUACCUGGUGAGAGAAAUAAAGGAAGCCAGGCUACCACACCCACAGCUCAAGAAAUUUCCAAAACGAUUGACGAACUUUCGAGCAAUAUUGAAAGAACAUCAAAGUAAAACUUAUCCAAUAAUAACAAAAUGAGAAGAAAAUGAAUAGGCUUUCAUCUUGACUAUGUUUUCUUAAACAUCAUACAUAUUUGUAAAGUUGUAUUCCAAAAGGCAUAUUUAGAUAAUGAAUGCCUUGAAUUUUCCGGAAUUUCCAAUAUAUAUAAAAGUCAUUCUGCCGUGCUUAAAGAUAUAAUUGUUAUAAAAUUUAAUCUUAAGCUAUUUUAAAUAUGUUUUAAUUGUUUACUAAAAGAAUGAUUUACAAACUAUAUCGAAAUUGCAAUAGUUAUUACAUCCCAAUCAGCUGCGAUUAUUUUGUUAUGUUUAAUAUCCUUCUUUCGCUUAGGUCAAAAAUUAGAAACAGCAAAUAACAAAGUGAACUGCUUAUGUAUAAUUCCGGAAACAAAUAAAGGCAAAACUAAAUUAAUGAAGAAAAUAUAUACUCAUAUUACAAUCAAUUUACCUAAUGGAAACGAAUCCGUGAAACGAUUCCAGCAACUAUGAUUCCAUAAUAUUUUGCAUUAAGUGCAAAUUCGUGCUAGUCAUUACGGAGGAAUAACUAUUCCUUAAAAUUCACAUUUUUAAUCUUACGCUACAAAUGUGAUUAUAGAUAGUCCCUCUAUUUCUCAAGAAAAUUUUCAGUUUUCUCCGUGUCUUGAAUAUUUUAUAAAUACAUAAAGCUAAAUAAAAAUUAGACGGGAGCUACAAUAUUAAGAAUUUGAGAGAAAAUUUCUUGCUUCUAAGUCCAAGGCAAACAAAUAUAACAAACAUUAUCAGAAAAAUAAUUUCUCUCAUCUUCUAGCUAACAUAAUUAUUUUACUUGGAUACUUUUCAUUAAUCGGAAAACAGUUUACAUUUCUGAUGUUUAUUUCUGAUGUUUUACUACGUAUAGUUUUGUAUAUUUAAAAAAUAAAUUGUAAAAUAAGGUGUGUUUAGCUAUAUGUAAAAAUGCUUUUGUGAUAAGAAAUACUACAUUUUGUUUUUAUUGUUUGGUUUAUGGAAAAGUGUAGUGUUUUUUUAACUAAUACGUAGUAUUAUUAAAAUUUUUCAUUCUCUGUGUUUUAAUUUUAUUUCAAUGAAGAACUCACUAACUGGGAAAAUAUAAUUUGACACACUUAUUAGAUUAAGUAAGUGUUAUUUCUAGCAAUUUUAUUAGCUAAAUUUUAUAAGAAAGUAAAGUUCGAAAACAAGCCCAAGCCUUGUUAACAAGUCUAAUUGCUUAUACUAUUUCUCAGGAAAGUUAAUUAAUAUUUUGAUAUAAAAAUUAUUGAUUUCUAAAACGUGUAUUAUUAUAGAUUUAAAGGAACAUUUUAAAAUGAUUUGAAAUCAACAAAUAUCUAGCACAAAUACAUAGCUCUACCAAAUGAUUAAAGAAAAUCAAUAUUCUGAAAUCUGAAUUCGUCAGCUGUGUGAUAAUCAUCAAUAUUUUAAAUCACUAUAUGCUUAAUUCAGAAGUUAAACAAAGACAAACACAAAGAACAGCAACAGACAGAGACAAAGAACAGCAACACAUUAAUGGGACAGAAAAACAUUUUAUGAAAUGUUGCACUGCAACAGGUGUUCGAAAUUACGACAGAAAUCCUCUUGCAGGCCUGACAGCGGCGCUGCGUGUUAUUUCUUAUGUUCUAGAAGAUUUAUGGCGUGUCAUGUAUCCUCUUGGCAGCUAUAAAUAUUCGAGCGACGCGGUCUUCAACUGACGGAACGGGCUUCUCGUGCACCAUACCCUUCAUGUUACCCAGAAGAAGUCCAUAUAUGACAGGUCCGACAAUCUGGCAGGAAAAUGAACCGGGCCACCAAAACCUAUCCACCGUCUUCCAAAGUUUACGUCGAGGUGUCGACGGACAUCAGUCGUGUAGUGUGGAGAAGCGCAGUCAUGUUUGCAUCACAGGGAGCUGCGUUACGACAGAGGAACAUGUGCUGCGUCAAGAAGUUUGGGCAGGUGUGCUUGCAAGAUCAGCUAUGCCAUACCCUCCAAAGGACUGGGCAGAAGGUAUAGUCCAAUAAGGUAGUUGGGGCAAACAUUAAUCGAGAAACGCUCUUAAGCUGCACGUGUUUGCGUACUAUGAGGGUUUUUUAAAAGACCAAACAUGGGCGUUAUGCUUAUUUAAGGCUCCUUCACGUGUGAAUAAUAUGGACGCCGCAAAUGCACUGUCCGUAUCACUCUGUUGCAGAAACCAUGUAGCAAACAUCUUCCGAAAUGGAUAAUACUCAGGUUAUAAUUAUUGUGUGCGAUAAAGAUGGUAUGUGCAUAUUUGGUUUGCUGUGAGUAUCUUCCAGACCAGGGGUUCUCAACUGGUGGUACGUAAGAGAAAAAUAGGUGGUACGCAAAAAAGGCAAAGUAUUUUUAAGUAUUAGAUUCAAAAACUAAAACCCCGUCAUCCUAAUUGAGCUUUUUCUUUAACACUCGUAAAUUUUUUCGAUCUGAGCUUUGUUCUAGAGUGGUGGUGGUAGCAGUACUUUGUAUUGGUGGUAAUAAAGGUUUCGUUUAGAUGGUACACGUUAGUCAAAAGGUUGAGAACCGCUGCUCCAGACAAUGGAUUGAGAUAAACCAACUUGUCGGGCUAUCGCUCGGGUACUCAUACUUGGAUUGUCUUCGGCCAGACGUAAGACCGCCUCCUCAUCGCCAGGUGUCCUCGUCGUUUGCUGUCAGUUCAUUGUAGCUCUCGUUAAACAACCUGUCUCAUGUAAGCUUUUUUUCACUCUUGCAAAGGUCUUGUGAUGUGAAGCACGCCUGUUCAUGUAAACUUCCUGGUACAACCGCUGAGUUUCGUCCCACUACAAUCCGCAGCCCAUGCAAGAUCAUCAUGUCGAUCAGUUCAUCGUUUGAAUACUCGUUCAUCCUACUACCUCGGGAACGGAUCGCAAAUGACGACUUCCAGCAAGAUCGCUGUUCACGCAAUUUUCCGUUCAGCGCCAUCUAUCGCAAGACCGCCAGGAGGAAUCUUCCACAACAUAAGGAAUUCAAUGCAGCGCCGCUCUUAGGCCUGCCUGACGACUUCUGGUCGUAAUUUCGAACAAUUGUUGUAGUACAACCUUUCAAUAAAAUGUUUUCUGUCCCAUUAACUUGCUGCUGUUUCUGUUCUGUUUCUCUGUUUUUUUUCUCUGUCUUUUCCUGUUCUUCUUUGUACCAUAGCUCGCAAUUACAGCAUUUGCGCCCCUGCAUUCUUAUAUGAUUCCAAUUUGUCUGUGUAACCCCUACGCAACCUGCAAGUUUGUCAGUCUGGUAGCGAAUUACCCUGUAUAUAUAGAGAAAAACGUUUAGUUUGGUAUUUUGGGUUAUUUAAUUACGAGAAAACAUUCGAGGGCUAUCUGCCUAAGGGAAGGGAUGCCAUCAUGGAGGGCUUUCUAAAGGAAACUAGCUUUUAUACAGAUUGCACACGCAUGGGAAAAAUCUCGAAAACGUCCAUAUAGCCAGCUCGUUCGAAGGGAUUCGAACUCCGGACCGAACUACCAGUAUUCAGCGAC